CUCCUCUCUUUGUUUUCUUUUCUUUUCAUUCUCUCUCUCUCUCCCUCUGUUUGCUUUGCAUGCACAUGAGUUGUUUGCUUCCACACCAUCGCCGAUUCAACUCUUUCCUCGUGGGAACUCCACGUUUCCUCCGUCUCUCUGUCUCGGUUCUCUCCGCAAAUUUCUUUUCUAACCUCGUCAGCUCCGAGUCUUAGCCGCAAAUAGAACAAAAUAGUUUAAAAAGAAAAGGGAAAGAAAUCAAAAUCAACAUGCUUUCUUUUUUCACCGAUAUUCAACGCCGGUGAAGUAGCAGCUCUCUUUCUUGCCUUCAAAAGGAAUUAAGGUUGGAGAAUGGCGUCAAAAAGUUGCAUGAAUGGACUAUGCGGAGCGUCCACGUCGAUUGAGUGGAGAAAAGGCUGGACUCUGCGAUCUGGAGAUUUUGCUAAUCUUUGCGAUAAGUGCGGGUCUGCAUAUGAACAAUUGAUAUUCUGUGACGUGUUCCACUCAAAGGAUUCUGGUUGGAGAGAGUGCACUUCAUGUGGCAAGCGUCUCCAUUGUGGAUGUAUAGCUUCCAGGUGCUUGCUUGAGCUUCUUGAUAGUGGAGGUGUCAACUGUAUAAGCUGCACUAAAAAGUCAGGAUUUAACCCUAUGAUUGAAGAUGUAAAACCUAAUGGUUUUAGUAUAGUGAAGGGUGAUGCUGGUCAAUUGCACUCAACCUCUGCGGACAACCAAUUGAGUGGUGUGAGCAUUGAAAACCUAAAGCUUAUGCAGUUGACCAGCAAUGCAGAAAGUAUUGGGCUGAGACAAAUGCUUCAGCUUCACAAUGAUGACGCAAGUGGGUCUUUGGGGCAAAUGAAACAGGAGGAAGUUUUGCCUCCUGCAAGAGAAAUUGGGAGCACAUGCAUGUCAAAUAUUAAUCAAGUGUCUAAUGGAUCAGUUCAAUCUGUGAAACCGAACAUUUGUAAAGCAAAUAUCUAUGACUCACUGCCACAAACAAACUUGAGUAUUUCUUUGGGUGGUCCAUUAGGGAACCAAAAUGUCUUUCCUGGUUCAGUUGUAGAUGAAAAGGGUAAGAUGUCUUCAGUCUUGCAACAGGCAUCCAAAUCUCGCCAUCUUCUGCCCAAGCCUCCAAAGUCGGUCCUUGCAACAGGUUUGGAGGUGAAUGCAGGCAUGGUACCUCCGAUACGUGUUGCUAGGCCCCCUGCAGAGGGACGCGGACGGAAUCAGUUGCUUCCUCGUUAUUGGCCCAGGAUUACAGACCAAGAAUUACAGCAAAUUUCUGGAGAUUCGAAUUCCACCAUUGUUCCACUUUUUGAGAAGGUUUUGAGUGCAAGUGACGCUGGACGAAUUGGUCGUUUGGUUCUGCCAAAAGCAUGUGCCGAAGCUUAUUUUCCCCCCAUAUCUCAACCGGAGGGCCUUCCUCUAAAAAUUCAAGAUGUAAAGGGAAAAGAAUGGAUGUUUCAGUUCAGAUUCUGGCCUAAUAACAACAGCAGAAUGUAUGUUUUGGAGGGUGUCACUCCUUGCAUACAGUCUAUGCAGUUGCAAGCUGGAGAUACUGUUACAUUUAGCCGCAUGGAUCCAGAAGGGAAGCUUGUUAUGGGGUUUCGUAAAGCAACAAACACUGCUGCAGCGCAGGAAACUCUACCAUCUGCCAUUCCUAAUGGCAGUCUUUCAAGUGAAAGUUUCUUUUCGGGUGUUUUUGAGAACCUGCCCAUAAUUAGUGGUUACUCUGGCCUUCUUCAGUCACUGAAGGGAAGCACUGAUCCCCACCUAAAUGCAUUGUCCAAACAUUUGAGUUCAGCUAGUGGUGAUAUUAGCUGGCAUAAAUCUGAUAAGCAUGAGGACAGGACAAGGGAGGGCUUAUUACUACCAUCUAUGCUGGCUCCAGAGAGAAAAAGAACUCGGAAUAUUGGGUCCAAAAGUAAGAGGUUGCUGAUUGACAGCCAGGAUGCUUUGGAGCUGAAACUUACUUGGGAAGAGGCACAAGAUUUGCUCCGCCCACCCCCGAGUAUCAAGCCAAGUGUUGUCACGAUUGAGAAUCAUGAUUUUGAAGAAUAUGAUGAACCUCCAGUUUUUGGGAAGAGGAGCAUCUUUGCCGUCCGUUCAAAUGGGGGACAAGAGCAAUGGGCUCAGUGUGAUAGUUGUUCUAAAUGGAGAAGGUUGCCUGUUGAUGCUCUUCUUCCACCUAAGUGGACAUGUGCAGACAACAAUUGGGAUCAAAGCAGGUCUUCCUGUUCUGCACCAGAUGAACUUACCCCAAGGGAGGUUGAAAAUCUCCUUAGAUUAAAUAAAGAUUUCAAAAAAAGGAGAAUAGUAGCAUACCAUAGACCAACCCAGGAGCAUGAAUCAUCUGGUUUGGAUGCUUUGGCUAAUGCUGCAAUCCUUGGAGACAAUGUAGAUAAUUUAGGCACUACAUCAGUGGCAACGACAACUAAACACCCAAGGCAUCGUCCUGGUUGCUCUUGCAUCGUGUGCAUCCAGCCUCCAAGUGGGAAGGGAAAACACAAGCCUACAUGCACAUGUAACGUGUGCAUGACAGUUAAACGUCGUUUUAAAACCCUCAUGAUGCGCAAGAAGAAGCGUCAGUCAGAGCGUGAAGCAGAGAUUGCUCAGAGGAAUCAGCAAGCAUGGGGCUCUAGAGAAGAAGCAGAAGUAGACAGCACCUCUAAGCAUGUAUCAUCGCACCACGAUCCUUCUGAGAAUGAAGCAAGGUCAGUUAAUGAAUUAGAAUCCAAGAGCCAGGGCCAUAACCUACCCCCCAAGGUGGUUGAAUCUAACAAGGGACAGAUAGACUUGAACUGCGAUCCUGAUCGUGAGGAUGAUUCACAAUUAGGUUCAACCCAUGUGAGCAUGAUGAAUCUUCUUCAAGUAGCAAGCCUUCCUUUGGAGGCUUACCUGAAGGAGAAUGGUCUUACAAGCUUGAUAUCUGAGCAGCCAGCAAACUCUGCGUCACAUGCUCCACCACAGAUCAUUGCUGAGGGUGACGCGCAAGAUAAUAGCUGUUUCCCUUCGGCCACGGAAGAGCGUGAGAGUAAGGAUGAAGAAAAUGGUGAAACUGGAUCAGAUAGAGUUGAGAACGAUCCUUAAUAAACUUCAUCGUCCUGUUGUUUUAUUUAUUCUUUUUAAUCCUGAUGGUGUAUAAAUUAUAAGGUUUAUAGGGAGUUUGGCAAUAUGUUCUCUAGAGGGUGCUUAUUGCCUUUUUAAUCACCAAAUAUGUAGGUAUACACAAAGCAUUAUUUGUUGUUUCUUACUUUAGAAGGGGGUGUAUAUUGAAGAAUUCGAAACCAAAAGUCGCCAGAAACAGAGAUAGCAUACAAAUAUAUCUACACUUUUUGAGAUGCCA